CCUCCCCGCCUCCCAGCGCCCCCCUCCCCGGAGCUGAGCCCGCACGAGGGCGCCUCUCCCGGCCCCAGCCCAGCCGCCCCGGGGGCAGCCCCGCCAGCCUCCCUCCCUCCAGCUCAGCCGUGCCCGCGGCCCCCCAGCCAUGAAUCUCUUCCGAUUCCUGGGAGACCUCUCCCACCUCCUAGCGAUCAUCUUGCUACUGCUCAAAAUCUGGAAGUCCCGCUCCUGUGCCGGGAUCUCGGGGAAGAGCCAGGUCCUGUUUGCUGUGGUGUUCACCGCCCGCUACUUGGAUCUCUUCACCAACUACAUCUCACUCUACAACACGUGCAUGAAGGUGGUCUACAUCGCCUGCUCCUUCACCACGGUCUGGAUGAUUUACAGCAAGUUCAAAGCCACUUACGACGGGAACCAUGACACAUUCCGGGUAGAGUUCCUAGUCGUUCCCACGGCCAUCUUGGCUUUCCUGGUCAACCAUGACUUCACCCCUCUAGAGAUCCUCUGGACCUUCUCCAUCUACCUGGAGUCGGUGGCCAUCUUGCCGCAGCUGUUCAUGGUGAGCAAGACGGGCGAGGCGGAGACCAUCACCAGCCACUACCUGUUCGCGCUGGGCGUCUACCGCACACUCUAUCUCUUCAACUGGAUCUGGCGCUACCACUUUGAGGGCUUCUUUGACCUCAUCGCCAUCGUGGCCGGCCUAGUCCAGACGGUUCUCUACUGCGACUUCUUCUACCUCUACAUCACCAAAGUCUUGAAGGGGAAGAAGCUGAGCUUGCCAGCAUAGCCCUGACCCUUGCGACCCCUUUCGGCAGCGGGAGACACCAGGAAGGUGGCAAAAGACGAAGAGCCUUCCCACCCAGGGGUGACUCUUUUAAGAAGCAAUCUCUCUCCGUUCCCCAGCCCCCUCCUGCCAGGUUGUGGGGGCCGCAAGGACCCAUGUCUUGGGGAGCUCAGGACCUGGGCUGUUUGUAGUUUUUUGCCUUUUAGAAAAGAAAAAAAAUAUCUUUCCACCAUUUGGUUUUUGAUUCUGAUGACUCCUUUCUCUUCUACUCUCCGGCCCCCUGAUUUUUAUAAACUGUUUUUGGAGCGUCCAUUGGGGCGAGGUGGGGUUGGAGAUCUUUUCGCUCCCCCAGACCUCCCAGCUCCUUUCCAGAUCCGCACCCCAACCCCACUGGUUGCCAAACAGGAAAUCUGCCAACACCCCACCUCCCACCAUAGGUAGUGAGCACAGCCCUUUCCCCAUUUCUGGGUUGGGGAUGGUGCAGAGGGGAAGCCCACGAGGGUCUCCCUUGAUUUUUUCAUAAUGUUUUCCAGCAUUUGGGUUUUUUGAUCAUGUCCUGUUUUCUUGGCAAUUAGCAGGGCAGAGGGGCCCGGGUGUGGGAAGGGGCCCGGCCCAAGAAUCAUCACUGCUCUGAUGCCAUGUUUUUUUGUACAGAAUUGAGCAACUGAUUCUUUGUUCUCUUGAAAUAAACAGAGGAAAAUGAAACCUCUCUCUUUUGCUA